CCGCCAAGAACCCCUCCCUCUGCCUCGGAUAAGGGCACUCCUGUGAUUGUCAACACCCCUCCCACGCCGACGAAGACUACCUCGCCGAGGACGUUCGAAACUCUACGCCGAGGGACCGACUCGACCAGUGGUGGCGGUUCACUCUCGGAGAGACGUGCGAGGUCUGGCUCGUCGAGCAUUGUGCCUAGCAAGCUAUCCUCCAUCUCGUCGACACCGCUGACGCCCAUCGAAAGCGUUGCUGCUACUCCUACCAACCAGCCAACCAGCGGCUUCUUUACGUCUGUCAUCUCCGCGGCCCAGAGUGCUGCCCAGAAUCUCAGCAACACCAUCGCCAGCACCGGCCCCAGCAAUCCCAAAAAUAAAGGGUCCCCGGCCGCUCAACCACAACAGGACGACACAGCCGACGAGGACAAGGUCGAGGUCGAGCCGUCUGCGGCAGCAAUCCCAAGCUCGUUGAUGGAAUCCCAAGAACCUGCGGUCAAGACGAUAGGCAUGGGUGACCUCAGUUUGAGCCAGCUGGGCAUCAGCGAGCCUAUCUCUCGAAGCACGACUCCCCUAACUGCCAAGUUUCCAGAGCAUCCUGAUCACCGCAGAUCAAGGUCCGAGUCCGCCCCGGUUGAGGUCAGUCCUGUCAAGGCCGCCAUCGAUGCGCCCUGGGACGAUGCGCAGCGACCAAUGUCCUCGUAUGAAACACCGGCAUAUUAUGGAGACAAAACGCCGCCCACAGGCAGCGUCUAUGAUGAGCCUUCUGGUGUCCACAGAAGCGGCAGUGUCAGGAGUGCAAUCGGUCGUCGCAACAACAGGAAACGCGGGAGUACCAGUGGUACAGGCGGUACGGGGACUACUAUUGGUGCUGCCCUGUCGGCUGUGAACUCGUCAUUGGCUCAGCCCGCCGCGUCGCUUGCACCCAAACUUACGGGGUUUGCGGUGGCCAGCAAGAAGCGGAACCGAGAUUUCCAUGCGCUUUUCAAAAGUGUGCCGGACGACGACUACCUGAUCGAGGACUACAGCUGUGCCCUGCAGCGGGAGAUUCUGGCUCAUGGGCGGCUAUACGUUUCCGAAGGACACCUAUGUUUCAGCAGCAACAUUCUCGGGUGGGUGACCACCUUGGUCAUGAGCUUCGAUGAGAUCGUGUCAGUCGAGAAACGGAGCACGGCGCUGCUCUUCAAGAACGGCCUCAUGAUUUCUACUCUGCACGCAAAACAUAUUUUUGCGAGUUUUGCGAGCAGAGAUUCCACAUACGACUUGAUUGUCAAGAUCUGGAAGCUGGGCCACCCUGGACUUCAGAGCUCCCUUAACGGGGUGCGACUGGACGACACGGGUGGCGACAAGACCGAGAAGAUCGAUGCUGGAUCUGCGGUUGGGGACAGCCGAAGUGCCUCGGCAUCGGAAGAAGAAGAAGAGGAGGACGAGAGCGAUGACGGCGAGGAUGUGUAUGAUGAGGACGAAGAGGAGCACGAGAGCCACGAGGCGGCUCAGGCUGCAGAGACACCUUUACAGGAGUCCGCCAUCGAGAAGCCACUCACUCGCAAGGCAUCAGGACUUAUCGCAAACGGCGGUGCCCCAUCCGAGAAGCCAAAGGAUGCACCAGCGGCCCCGGCCCUAGGAGAAUUUCCAGGCCCGGCCACGCAUGCACCCACGGAGUGCGGCGAUGCUGACACACACUACCAGAGGGUUGCAGGCGACGAUACUAUCCCGCUACCAAUGGGCAAGGUCUACGACACAUUGUUUGGGCCUGGAUCUGUGGCGUGGAUGACAAAAUUCCUCACGGUUGAUCAAAAGUGCAGAGAUCUGCAACUUGACGACAAGAAGGGCUUGACUCAGGACAACAAGACGCGUUCAUAUACGUAUAUCAAGCCUCUGAAUGCCUCGAUCGGACCGAAGCAAACCAAGUGUAUCAUAACGGAGACCUUGGAGAAUUUGGACCUGGAGAAGGCCGUCAACGUCUUGAUUACGACACAAAACCCAGACGUCCCGAGUGGCAAUGUCUUUAGCGUCAAAACCAAGUACUGUCUUUCAUGGGGCGAGCAUAACUCUACCCGGGUUCAAAUCAGCUGUGUUGUGGAGUGGACAGGCAAGAGCUGGCUCAAAGGACCUAUUGAGAACGGUGCUUACGAUGGACAAGGGCAGUAUUGCAAGGAUCUCUUCGUCGCCCUGAAGGCUGCCGUCUCCAAGCGCUCCUCAGCGGCUGCGAAUGGGGCUGGAGGUAAAACCCGGAAGAGAGGCAAGAAAGGAAAGACCGCUGCAGCCGCAAACGUCGCAAGUGACAAUGAAGACGCGGCAAAGGGUUCUUCCAAGCAAGACUGGGGCAUCUUGGAACCAUUGCAUGGCAUUCUCGGCCCGGUGGUCGAUAUCGGCAAGCCUUUGCUUACGGGAAAUGUUGUCUACGGCCUGCUGGUUGGUCUCCUGGUGGCCGCCUGGUUCGGAUUCGGGUUCACGAACAAACCUGUGCCUGGGCCCUACGGAGCUCCCUUGGGUCUCUAUGGGUACCCUGACCGGCUGGCUGCAUAUGAGGAGAUGUGGCGACGCGAGGAGAGCGAGCUAUGGGAAUGGCUGGAGGAGCGCGUCGGCAUGGACCGCCUGCACAGCGGGGAGCCGCAACCGCGGAAGAGGGUGGUAGAGGCGCGCACCUUGGAGGAGAGGCUUCGUGAAGACCGCAUGGACGAGCGGGAGAUCAAGGAUGCCAUCAAGAUCACGGAGGAGAAAUUGAAGGUCCUAAAGUCGGUCGUGGAAAAGAGCGAACAGACCACAACUUCGGUCAACUAA